AUGAAGAAGAAUAAACGUCAAACGACACAAUCAGUUAAAAAACUAGUUAUUGUUGGUGAUUCUGAUUGUGGUAAAAGAUCAUUACUAUUUUCAUUUUCAACAAAUGAAUUUAUUACCGAUUACACAUCACGUACGCUUGAAUUACCUACUGUUACGAUACCUAUUGAUCAGAAAACUAUUCAUUUGACUCUUGUUGAUGUAUCUGGUACAGAACAUUUUCAUGGUCUUCGUUCAUUAGUUUAUAAUGAAACACAUAUUAUUCUUAUAUGCUUUAGUGUUGAUAGCCCAGUAUCAGCUAGAAAUGUUUUAAAUAAAUGGGCACCAGAAAUUAGAAUUCAGUGUAAUAGAUGUCCAAUAAUAUUAGUUGCAUGCAAAUUAGAUCUAAGAACAGACGCACAAACGAUUGCUACCCUUUCAACAAGAGAUGAAGUACCUGUAACAACUGAAAUGGGACAACAAAUAGCAGCAGAAAUCAAAGCCAAUGCUUAUAUGGAAUGUUCAGCAAAAACUCACGAAGGUGUACAGGAUUUACUUCUUGAAGCUGCUCGUCUAUUACCGAAAAAGCAUUCACAUCGUACUGUAAAAUGUCGAUGUAUUUUACAAUGA